GGCACUUCCGGGCCGGGCCGUACGGAGGCGCGACGUUGCUGUGGGCGCAGCAUCCCGAGAUACAAAGAAGACGCAACAAUGGCCGAUAUAUCCCUCUAUCUCACCAACGUUAAUGUGUCGAUAGGACGGAACAUGGACGUGCGGCCGGUCGGUAGUCUCGCCUCCAUAAUUACCGCCGUUAGCGAGAAUCAGAGUCCAAACCCUCCCAACGACUUUGAGAGUGUGGAGCUGGAGGAGCUGGAUAAAGGAGUGCAGCAGAAGGAGAAGGCACCCCGGCGGAUCAUCCAUUUUUCCAGCGGUGAGACGAUGGAGGAGUACAGCACCGACGAGGAGGAGGAUGGAGAGGAGAAGGAGCAGGAGAGGAAGGACCUGCUGUCCUCCCCGGUCGAUGCGGUGAGGUCAAAGAUGACCUGGGGGCCUUACUUCUGGUUCCAUAUGUGGAGAGCGGCUACGUCCACCAUCUCAGCUUGCGACUACCUCGGGGAGAGGAUGGCCUCCCUGUUUGGGAUAACAUCAGCCAAAUAUCAGUACGCCAUCGAUGAAUACUACAGGAUAAAGAAAGAGAGGGAGGAAGAGAAGGAGGAAAACCGUCUGUCAGAAGAAGCUGAGAGAUCCUUUGAACAUCUACGAUCCCGGGAAGAGGUGGACGAGCCGAUCACUGCGCCAGACCGCGUGGAGGAGGAGGAGGCGGCGACCGCUCACCCUGAUGUCACCUAUCAAGUGGAGAAUGAAAAUCAGGCAGCUCCGAGCACCAUCCGGGUCCCUGCCAUCGUGACAGCAACCUAACCCUCCCUGGAAGAAGGAGAAUCUCCUCCCGGUGUCUGUUUUUUAAAGCAGGAACACUGUCUUGGUUUGUGUACAGCACAGCUUUAGAUGGUCGAAUGGCGGUGGCAGCAGAGCUGCGACCGUGCAGGAAUUAACUCCUGGAUAACAUGUAGCGUAUUUUGAUCUUUGAAUAAAUUCAAAUUAACAAGAGGUGUAUUGUUAAAAAGAGAGAGAGAAAUAUAGUUUGGGAAAAUGUUAUGUGCCAACUGCUAACACAGUUUUCUUUCCAUCGUUUGCCCUUUUAGAGCAAGUUUCCACUUUGAUAAGUUCAUCCAGUGUACAGUGAAGCGUUGCUCCCUUGUGCCUCCACCGGUACUGUGCCUAAAUCACUGAUACAGCCAAGUCAGCGCCACGUGUUGUCAUUGCAGACAUAAAACAGCCUUGAAUUUAGUGAGCGCACUCUACACUGGAUAACGUGUUACACGUAGUUUUUGUAGUUUUUGUCGUUCUCGGAGCACCAGACUGCACCAACCAGCUGGCCUUCCUAACACCCCUCACACGCUGAUCUGUUUUUGUGUUGAUGUGUAUUAAGCCUGCGUUACGUUUAAUGUCUGUGGAAGCACUGAGCAGAUUUAGUCCUGGUUAUCAGAACAACUACGGAUCACAGGACUGACAUCUAAUUUAAAAAACCAGUGGAAACAGGUUCAGCUGAUCUGUGUGGCUCUUCUGCAUCAUGUACUGUAAAUGUGAACACAGAUGUGGCGCGUACGCCUUUGGUAAUGGCAGGGAGCAUUGUGACACUAAGUCUGCAAAAUGACUUAUUUCUAACUGUUUUUAUUACCAUUUUUAUAUUUAUGUAUUUAUUUUACUGAACUGACUGAGCACUUAAUUUUGGGAUUUUUCUAUUGUUUUACAUGAUAAACUGUUAAUAAAUUUAUUGUCUGACUUUUA